AGGCAUUUAUUUAGAAGAUAAAAUCAAACCGGUCUACAGCAGAACAUCUUCAAUAUGAUGAUUUUUAUUUAGUUUUUGGAGUAAAUUCAUUUUUCAUGUUAAAUAUAUUUUCUCUAACAUGAAUAGGUUUUCAUGGCUGUAAAGAAACAUAAUGAAGUUGUAGCUAAUCCUCACGCUGGGUGAUGCCACCGUUUACUGAAGGUGUUGUCGCAUUUCCGGGAUGAUCCACCUGACGAGCACGGGACAUGACGUCGCUCAGGUGUCAGAGUGAGACCCGAGCAGAGUUUAGCGUUAGUUACUUUACAUAAACCUGAAUCAGAGAUGAUUUAAUUCAUGCGCUCAGUACAAAGACACCAGAGCUUUUCUGUUUCAUCUCUUCACAAAGCAAAACAAAGAGAACGUGAACGCAUCGCGGUGACGACCGACGGAUAAAACCCGGGUUUUUAUAUUUUCCUCAUCGUUUCUGGUCUGAUUUGAAGCCGCAUGGAGUCUGCAGAUGGUCAGCGUGGGCGUGAUGGCGGCGGCAGUCAGAGACGCUCCCCUCUCGACGUCAUCAUGAGUCAGAUCCGCCGGAAGCGCACGGCCUCGGACAGGAAGCCACUGGGUCGCUUCCUGUCCCGGACGUCUGAGCAGGCGGGGAUCCCUGAGGACGGAGAGGCGGAGGGGAGGGAGAGCGUCCCGGGCGCUGCAGAGGCGGCGGAGAGCGAGCGAGACGUGGGCUGGGGUCGAGUGAGCGUCUUCCUGCAGAGGCUGGGGAAGAAAGCCGACAGCAGGAGCCUCAGUCUGGCUCACUGCGAUCUGACUGCUACAGACCUGCUGGAGCUCGCCACGCUGCUCCAGUUCCUCCCUCAGCUGGAGGAGGUGGACGUCUCCUGGAAUGAGCUGAUUGGUGGAUGUCUGAAGGCGCUGACCUCUCACCUCCAUCAUGUGAGCGGGAUCAGGACGCUGAGGCUCUGCAGCUGCAGGCUGAACUCUGACGACACCACAGCACUGGGUGAGGCUCUCGGCUGCGUUCCUCUUCUGGAGAUCCUCGAUUUGUCCUGGAACGGUGGCGUUGGGGGUGGAGGCUUGCAAGGCCUGCUGGGUAAACUUCACCCAACGCUGAGGGAGAUUCACCUGGUGUCCUGUCAGCUCACUGCACCUGACGCUGCUGCACUGGGAGGAAUAGUGUCUGCUCUCCCCAGACUGUGCGUGCUGGACGUCUCCUGUAACCCUCGGCUCACGCAGGAAGUCGACAGUGAUGGCGGCGGCUUCGGGGAAUUGGUCGCCUCCCUCUCUCACGCCACCUCCCUCACCACGCUUCGGUUACAGGCCUGCGGUCUGACGACGGACUGCCUCGACGCCCUCGGUAGGAGAUCUACUGUGGUUCGCUCCAGGUGGCUCCCCUCAGUGCGAGAGUUGGACCUGUCCUGCAACAAAAGUGUGGCGGGAGGACUGAACCGCCUCGCCCCUCACCUGGCUCAGCUCACACACCUGGAGAGCCUCGACCUCCACCUGUGCUGCCUCACACGCUCCGACCUGGAGGCCCUGGUCCAGGUGCUCCCCUCUCUGACGGCGCUGACGGAGCUCGACGUGUCGUCCAAUAAGGAGGCAGGAGGCGUCAUUCAGCCGCUGGUCUCCGCCCUCCCUCUGACGCAGGUGAAGCAUCUGCCGCUCAGCAGCUGCAGCCUCAGUGAGGAGUCAUUCACUGCUCUGGCUCUGGCGGUGCCGUACCUCCGCAGUGUGGAUGUUUCCUGGUGUAAAGUGGUCGGCGGUCGUUUGGCUCUGCUGCUGGACGCUCUGCAGCCGUCCGUCAUCCUGGAGCUUCGCCUCAGCAGCUGUGAGCUCUCCACUGACGACCUGCAUCACUUAGCUGCAGUGUGCAGACGUGGAUGUCUGUCCUCUCUCCGGCUCCUGGAUCUCUCCUACAACGGCUCUGUGGGUGACGACGGCUGGUCCGCCCUGUUCGCAGCAGGAGGCCUGGGCUCACUGGAGGACGUCGACCUCAGCCUACGACCUUUGACCUCCGCCUGCUGCUCGGCCUGGCUGCCAGCGCUGCUCCGCGCUCUGCCGCGACUGCCGGCGCUGACUCGACUAGCCGUGCAGCGGUGGACGUUCGGCUCUCAGGACCGACAGCAGCUGAACCACUGCCUGAGGAAGAGGAACGUCCUGCUGGAGUGGGACACAACACAUCAUAAGCCGGCCAAUCAGGAGAGCCCAGAGGAGUAGGGACCAGAAGUCCUGAACCUGCUAAUCUGAUACCAUGUCGUUAAUGAAGGACACCUGGAUAAAAACAUUUCCAGCUCUCUUUAUUUCACCUACAAGAUUUCAACACAGCAUUAAAGUGCCGUGUAAAUAGUCCUUUAUGUACUUAUAGUUUUCUAAUCUGAGUCAGAGAUCUUUCUUAUUUGGUACAAUACAACAAGA